AUGAGAGAUAUUGAUGAUACUUUAGAAACUGAGAAAGCUGCUAGUAAGAAAGUAGUUGGUGAUGAAGAGAAGAGUUUAUCUGGUUCAGAAGAUGAGGUUGAUGCUAAAGUUGAUAAAUGGAUCAAAGAAAACUAUGAUCCAAGAGAUAUAGAAACACAAAAGAAGAGAAAGAGAAGUUCGAGUGACGAUGAUGAUGAAACUUAUGUUCCACCAGAGGAUGUUCAGGUUGUUACACCACCAUCUUCGGGAGAUAGUACAGUUCUUGAAGGACUUUGUGAUUUUAGCUUUGUAAAUGAUGAGCUUGUGAAGAAGUUGCAAAAGAAAGUGGAUGAUGUGUUAGUUGAGAAAAAGAAGUUAAAAGAACGUGUCAAGUCUGUUGAAGCUGAAAAUUCAUCUUUGUUGAAAAAGGUUGAAGCUGAUCAAGCCGACAUAGAUAUUCUGAAAGUUCGAAUAGCUGAAUUGGAAGAAGAAAAAGCUCGAAGGGAUGAGCAGAAUGAAUACUUUAAGUUGAAAAAUAAAGAAUUGGAAGCCAAGAACGCUAAGAAAGAACAUGAAGAUUAUAUGUUAAAGAAAGUGAUUGAAGAUUUGAUUGGCAAUCCAAUAGAACAAAGAUUUGAAGAGAUUGAACUUGAAGAAGUAAGAGCAAAACGUGAAGCUGAAAUAGAAGCUGGAAUGAAAGAUAAGGGUAAAGGUGUUCCAGUCGAAGCUGAGGUUCAAGUGACUGAAAGGGAUGAUGAUGAUGGAAAUGAUGAUGAUGAUCAAGGUACUUCGGGUAUCAAAGUGACUGAAGCGUCAAAUGAAGAGAAUAUUGAUGAUUAUCUUCAAGAUGAUGCAAAUGAAGAAUCAGAAAAAGCAGAAGAAGGUGAAAUCUUGCAUACUUAUACAAGAGCUGAGAUUGUAAAAAUGAUGGUUAUUGAAGACAAUGAGUUUAACUUUGAUUUUGAAGAGGAGUUAAACAAGUUUGAUAUCAAUCAGCAACCAGAAUAUCAGUACAAGUACGUUGAAGAUGCUGAUAACUGUGAUAAAGUGGAAGUAGAAGACUGGAGUGAUGAAGAUCAGUCUAAAAAUGUUAAUGUUGAUACUUCUAGCUAUCCAACUCUGGCUGAGUUUUUCAGUCAAGCAAAUGAGGAUGAGCAGAGAAGAAAAUCUCCCCACACUGUUACUCUUGGCACUUUUACAAAUGCCCUCAUGGUGAGAGUUUCACUUAUCUCACUCAGAAUUUUUGGCAACUUAUUAGCGUACUCCUUGAUGCCAGCUUCAUAUUUCAGGGCUAAAGCCUAA